CUUUUAUUCCUUCCUCGUCUUUUGCGCUGAUCUUAUCAAACGCGAGUCACAAAUUCUGAAAACACGUCUUGAAGAGAUAUUCUUUUCAAUUUUUUUUUUCUAAAAAAGUAAGUGUCAUCAGGUGCAUAAGAUGCUAGUACCUUCGGUACCGGUUUUGUUGACGACUGUUAACGGAGGUCUUGUUCAGCCAGCACCGUUGGAUGAUCACCGCACGUGUUACAAUCCUCGAAGGGACUUUUAUCCGUACUUCAGCACGAGAACGGCCUACGAGUGGGUUCGCGGCAGUGUUUCCAGAAUCGAGAAUUCUGGUCGUUUAUGCGAGGAGGAUCUAGAGAAGCUAAAAAAGUAGAAACCGGAUCAGAACAUCAACGAUGAAGUGUCUGAGAAGCUGGCGCCUUAAGGCGUGGAUGACCUUCGCUUAUUCGCGCAAAGACUGCAACGGGCGUUUCCCGAGUUGCUGCAGGUUGAUGCAUGGAUCGUCAAACCAGACGAUUACGUUUUCCGAUCGACGAGUACGCAAAUGGCCCAAACCGGAACCACCUGCUAACGACACACUACUGCUGGUAAAGUUAUUUAUGCAUAGACUUAUUCAAUCAAUGUACAUUGUACAGCUUGAAUUUCAUAAAAAUUGUUUAACUGUGUUUUAAGGGGACCUCAAGAACUUAAAUUUAAAAAAAUGAGAUAUUGAAUUUUUUGUGUAAAUGUACCUUCAAUUGUUUAAAUAAUCAAUUAAACAAUUAUAUUAACUCAGGAAUACUGUAAAAAUUAUCAAACAAUGUUUAUAAAUACCAUAUGUCAGGUACAAUAGGUCUUCGAAGGCCAAACAUUUUUUUAUUAUUUUAGUCACCGCAGACUUAUUUAAGUUUUGGGCUUCGAAGGGUACUUUUUUCUUUAUGGAUUUACUUUCAACACAUAUGUUUAUAUAGUGAAUGUGGGAAUUGAAAAAAAAUGUCUAUUUAAAAAAGUUGUCUACAAGUUAAACAUAAUUUUCUAAAUAUUUAAACAAACUUUUUUAUCAAAUUGUAGACAAAUUUUUAAAUUAAAUUUUUUUUAAACCUCGAAAUACGUUACUUCGCAACAAACCGCAAGUUCACUACAAACGUUGUCGCCGUCUUUUAUAGGUGCAACAGCGUCAAGUCACCGAACAAGGUUACCUUCCACGUGUCUGAAUGACUCACUUCGAUUGUCAGCUGCAAGAAAGAUGGCACCUGCGAUUGGAAAUCUCUGGUAUACGAGUUCGAGGAACAGGUCCUGUGAUAUCGUUUAGACAGCAUCUACUAUCAUUGUUGAUGCUAUAAAAAACUGACUAAUAAUCACUAUUUAUAUUGAGAUUACCUAGCACUACAGUGCUGUUCAUCACUUAUUUAUAUGUCUUCUUUGUUCAGUUGAGUAAACUAAUUAUUCUUUCUCUCGAAAGUACUAUCACUUUAACGCUUUGUUUAAAUUCAAGUUUUUCGAAGUUAAAACAAUCAAUUUAAACGAAAUAGCAACAAUCAUCGAUGCAAAUAAUACUUCUGUUAUGUUCUGAUGUGGGUAAUUUUUUAAAUUAGCUAUAGAGCAACUAUACUUAAAUAAAGCGUUCCAAAACGUUUCUCGGAACUUUCACCAAUAGACUAUGAUAUUGCUUGAUAAUUAUUAAUUGAUGAUUCUUAUGUGUUCAAUAAUUAUUAAAAUAUACGGGAAAGGGCACUACCGUAUUUCGAUGAUUUACUGUUUAUUUGAAUAAGUAACUUCCAAUUGAUUUUAUUUAGGAAUAAAUUGUUUAAGUUUAUCUGCAAAGGUGAACAUUUAUAUAUUUUAAAAGAGAUCAAAACUGUUUUAAAAAUCUUAACUUAUUCAGCUUUUAAAAAACUGCGCAUUAGUUACACUAUUAUUCUUAACAAAAGUGAAAUAAAAUUAAUGUUUCGAAAAACUAAACUUUUAAUAAAUAUGAUCUGUUUAUCUUCAUAGAACAGCAGAGCAUAUAUUGCUAUAGUUGUCAUUUCUAGCUGCAUUAUUCAAAUUUGAAACUUUGACUCGACGGUACUGUAAUUAUCAUACACUUGAAUAGGUAAAAGGAUUAGCCGUGUUUAUCGCAAAAAAAAUGUCCAAUAUAUCUCGCAACAUUUGCACAGACUUUUCUGUGCAUAUAGGAAGUAAUGGUGGUUAAGAUAAGAGAUUGCCUUAGGAAUGUAUAAAAGUAAAGCUUCAACAUUUGGACUUGUUAAUAUCGUGUUAGCAAUAUGAAGCGUUUUGCGGCAUGUCUCGUGCUUGCGAUCAUCCUCACUGGAGUCGCGGCUCAAGAGGAUGUCUAUCUCGUGAAAGACAGGCAGUUUCUGCGUAGGCAGCUAUUCAUGUAUCAGCUACUUUGGAAGCCCAAAGACCUCCAAGCAUCCUUUCCAAAUGUUAUGAGCAAAGCUGCAAAUUUCAAAGUCGAGGACCUUUUGACUGCUAAUGUUGACCAGGAUGCAGCUCAAGCUUACAUCAAAGUGUACAACAACGGAAUCUUGCCUCGCGGUCGCUCUGCCUCAACAUUUUACCCGCCACACCUGGCUGAGAUCAAGGCCCUCUUCAAUGUUCUCUAUACCUCUAAAGAUUUCGAAACCUUUGCCGUGGUCUCAACCUGGUCCCGCGAUGUCAGCAAUCAGAUGCUCUGAUUCUUCGGCGUGGUUCUAGCCUCAUUGACCCGCCACGAUACUCGCCGCGUCCGCAUCCCCAAUGUCCAUGUAACCCUGCCCAGCUACUUCUAUAACUCGUACGUAUUCACCAAGUUUAACGAAACUCAAGACGAUGACCAAUGCGGUAACAGCGACAAUCAAAUCGUGGCUAAGUACUCCAAAAUUGUAUCUCGUCUCGAUGCUUUUGACCCUGAAGCCCUUAUCUCAUACUUUAUCGAGGAUGUCGGCGUCGAAAACUUCUACUUCUAUCAGUCGGCCGACGUACCGUUAUUCAUGAAUCGUCCCAAGUACGACAUUGAUACCUAUCGUCGUGGUGAAAGAUACUUCAACAACCACAAGAUGUUCCUGGCUAGAUAUAACUUGGAAAGACUGUCCCAUGGCCUCGGUUUCAUCGAAGAUCUCGACUGGAACCAGAACAUUCAGACAGGCUACUACCCAUACAUGGCAGACUACAACGGCAUUCCUUUCCCUCACAGGCCCCAUAACUCGCCUGUCCCUAGCUUCAAACAACAGUUCCUGACCCUGGUCAAGCAGUACCAGGAUAGGUUGAUCACAGCUGCAGACACUGGAAAUCUGAAAGGAUCCAACGUUCCCCAAGGAGACGAGUUCUUAGAUGAUCUGAUGAACGCGGCUCAGGGUAAUGCUGAUUCGCCUGAUCAGGAUUACUACGGAUCGUACGACGUUACUGCUAGACACAUUCUUGGAUUCAACCCGGAGCCCACUGAUCCAUUCCAUUACAUUAUCAGUGCCUUGGAGAACUUGCACGCUAACGUCAGGGAUCCAGCUUUUUACAGAAUAUACAAAAGCAUUGUCGAUAUUGGUAUCAGUUACAAAGCCCGCUUGCCAAGCUACACCUCUGAAGACAUCGGCUUCCCAGGUGUCGAAGUUGACAGGGUAAGCGUCCCUUCACUAAAAACGUACUUUGACGAGUUUGACGCGAUUCUCGGAUACCAAAAGUGCAGCAGCAACGACGAGAAGACGUCGGUUAUAGUCAAGCAGAAACGCCUGAACCAUGAGAAGUUUAAUGUUGGAGUCAAGGUAAACAGUAAAGUAUCCACUAAAGCAGUUGUCAGAAUCUUCAUCGGGCCCAAAUUCGACAAAAACGACGCAGAGCUCAGCCUUGAACAAUCCCAACACAAAUACUUCGAGCUGGAUCAGUUCCUGGUCAAUCUUGAAAAGGGAGAUAACUACAUCACUCGUCGCGACUCCGAAUUUGCCUUCCAACGUCCUGAUGACCUUGGUAGCGACGAGUUUUACGAUCUUAUCAAAGCAUCUUUGGCCAACGAAAAUGCCGGACUUCUGGUUCGUCAACGUCCCUACGGUUGGUCCCGUCGCCUCAUCAUUCCGCGCGGUAAACCCGACGGUCUGACUUUACGAUUGUUCGUCAUCGUUAAUAAGUUCGACGAGGACAAAGCCGUUCAUACUGAUUCUCUCAUUGCUGGCAAGGGAUUGCUCGAUAGUAGAUCUUUGGGAUUCCCAUUCGACAGAUCAGUUGAUCAUCUCAAAUUCGAGGGUACCAACUUUGCCUUCAAAGAUAUCGUUGUUUAUCACAAACACUAGGCUACUUUAAUAUAAAUUGUUUUUAUAACGUGUGUAUGAAUGAAUAAUUGUAAAUAAAAUACUUCAAGUGUGAAGCAUGAAAAUCUUA